AUAGCAGGUUCAUAGCGUUUCCCUCUUCAAAUGUUUUCACAGAAGAUGGAAAAGCAGGAAUCAGCAGUAGUAAAGCGUGUCGCGUCACCUAGCAACUACCCCAGCCUACCAAUCUUUCCUUUCGUUCUCACUCAUAGUUGUCGACUCUCCGCGCAAACAGCGUGGUUCUCCGUCUGUCCGACACACGCCGCUCUUUCGUCCGGUUGGUGGCAUUUGACGUCGGCACUCGCUCCCCAUCAUCUCGGACGGCGUGCCGAGGGUGAGAGGCGCAUGAACAUAUGUUACUGGCGCUUCGUGUAACACGCCAACGCUUCUGACCAAUUCGGAUACGUCUUUCAACCAAAAAAUCUCCUACGUUACGGACUUUGCACGUACAAUUGAAGGACGGCCUACCCCCACAACGACGGUGGUGCCAGGCGCACUGCGACCCGACAUCUCCUCCCGGCUGUGGAAUGAAAAAGAACCAAGUUCUUCCUUCUCUGCUUGUCGUUCUUUUUCUCGGUGCUGGUCAAACUGCACAUGGCUCUGAAGUUGGAGAACCAGUCGAUCCUCAAAACCCUGGAGAUGUACCAGAAAGGCUGCAGGAUACAGUGCAUGGCGUUAAAAUGGGAGUGGUGAACCCUAAGUGUGAUAAUGCCAAGGUCAACAUUUCUGUCGAUUUUCUGGAUGAUCCAACAGUCUACGUGUGCUUCCACCCCAAGGCAAUGUAUCCACUUGGAACAGUUGCUCAUGGACACUCAAAGCAAAGUUGUGACACAAUACCUGUUGAUUAUCGACCCAGGCACUAUUGCAUGAACAACCGGAUCAAGUAUGACUCGUACCUGCCAACACAUGAAGGACAUCGACCUUUGUGGCCUGUAUUUGGAGAGUAUAAGUAUGUUCCACCUCAGCGCUGGCUUCACAACAUUGAGCACGGUGCAAUUGUCAUGCUCUACCACCCAUGCACUCAUCCUUAUUAUGUGGACACACUUCGCAACAUAGUUACAGGCUGCCUUCGCAAGCAUGUUAUCACGCCUUACGUCCACCUUAGUCCAGAAAGGCCUUUGGCGUUAGUUGCUUGGGGAUGCCGCUAUGAAAUGAGUACUGUGGACCAGGAGGAAGUUGUGGCAUUCAUCAAGGAAAAAGCAUUGAAGGGACCCGAGGGUUCCUAUCCAAAAGAAGGCCAGUAUACUCAUUUUCUUCUCAAGACUUCAACGCCCCCUUUGGGAUCUGACAUGAACGAUACUGUCAUCUGUCCUGGUUUGUGAACAUCUCUCACAAGGUCUUGGAUCCCAGUCUGGAGUGGGUGUUGGCAUCUGCCGGAGGAAGCCUAGGUUCCAUAUAAAGUCCAAGCACGAUAAGACCGCACGAUAUUGGCUGUGGGUGCGAGGAAGAACGUGCAAGGGUGAGCUGAGAAGGAUGGUGGCUUGAUGUGCGCCGCAUGCCCAUUGUUGGAGGUGGCGUGUUCCUCUUGAGCCACACUGGAAAGGAACGCACAUGCUGCUCUGCUUGGACCAGUUUGGCAUCCCCCGCGUCUUUCCUCCUCGUCAUUCUUACAGCACACAACAUUACAGUAGCUAGCGAUGCAUUGAACUUUCACCUUUCAAUCAGGCUUGUCCAAAAAAAAGCAUCCCAUAGUAGUGAGAAAUUUGUUCAAAAUAACUAUUGUGCGAUUUUUGGAGUUUGAGUUCGUGGGAGUUUUUCUCUAUUCAAACACAUAGGACUUUGCUGCGACCGACAGAGCAUUUCAAAUUAUCUGUCAAUUAGAGUUUUAAAAAUUUCGAAUGAUUGAGAGUUCAUUGUAUUAUCCUAAACAUUGCAAGCACUGGUAGUGAGUGCAUUGGCUGCUUAGUCCUGAAAGAGUUCAUUUGCUUUACAGUCGCACGUAGAUAUAAUGAACACUACAGUAUACUAAGCACAGAAGUAUACUAAAAUUUAUGUCAUCGAUAUCAACAUGUGAUGAGCAUCACAUACAAUGAAAGUAGUUUGGUGCUGGAAGCGACUUUGUUAUAAUGUGGUUCGACUGUAUCGAUAAAAGGCAUUCUGGCUGUCGGAUGCAUUUAAAUUAUUUGUAUUAAUAAAUCAGGGUACCUUCGUGCAGAAGCUGUCACAGUUAAAAUCGACAGAGCUCAAUUUGAUAUAUAUACAGGGUGUUCCAGCUAUCACGCACCAAGUUUUUUUUAAAAGACGGGAGCUUUCUGUGCUGAUGAGGCCAGUAUGCAUGUUAGCAGCAACCUCAAGAGGCAUCUUAUAUUUUUUGCUCCUUCUAAUUAGCUCAAUUGCAAUGAUUAACUUUAAUUACUAUAUUUGGGGCAGACGUGCCAGCAUAAGGUGUUUGAGCAACUUCGAACACAUAAGUCUCAAUUGUUUGCAACACACUACAUCUCUUUUUCGUGUGUGUCCUAAAUGUGGGUCAUAAGGACUGGCAGUUCUCGGACGCGUUAGUGUUUUGCUCUAAACAUUUGUGCCAGAAAACCCAGCCUGUACCUUUUAGCCAAGUUUGGUUUCUGCUGGAGAAGUCGCACAGCAGUAGGCUGCCCUGGUGGGAUAGCACACUUGUGGUUUCGCAAUGUUUUAGAGCAGGCGACGUGGCAGUGGCCUCACACUUCUUAAAAAGUCACACAAGCCAUGCCGGAAUGGCUGUAACUGUCGGUGGGAGGUGAUUAGAUGCAGCAAUCUUAAAUUGAAAUUUCAGGUUAGAAUGUGUGCUCAGAGGCCAGUUUUUCUAAGGGUACAACCAUACUGGCCCCUCCAUUUUCAGUUACAGUGAUAGCUAAACAAGACUUGAGAGCAGGCUAUUUGGUAUUCUAUGACUAGUAACAAUGAUAAACUGAGAAUAGUCGGAUGAUCAUAACCCCUUCAAGCAGUUUUGACUAAGUAUGUAGCUAAACAGAUAGGCUUUUGAGUGCAAAGCAAUGGAUUUAAGUAGGCACUCGGAUGUCUAGUAAAGGUUCCAACAAACAAGUCCUGAGCUCUUUGGAAGUGCAGCUGCUUUGGAGCGGUCGGCAACUGCACCAAAUCUUGACAGCAGUGAGACCUGGCAGUUGACAUUCUCAGUCUUGUAUGACACGAGCUGCCCUGGGCACAAGCUUGGCUCAUGACAGCAGUCAAAGAGAUUUAGAGGGAUUCUGAGAACUUUACUAGGCAUUGUGUAGCAUGUCUCCUGUUUCUGUGAUCAAACCAAGGCCCCUCGUCAAAACGUUGGCUCCAGGCUUACGGUUCCCUUGUUCACCAUCUCUUCUGGCCUCCAACUUUCUGUGAUUCCUUUGCCUUGUUUACAAGUUCAUGCUACAUUUGUGGGAAAAAUUGCAUUGCUGUCAAGUCUUGGAGUAAGAUUUCCUGUUAUUUAUAGUCCAAAUUGUGUUUGUCCCUUUCCAGGCAUGUCAAUGUUGACACUAUUUGGGCUAAAUUAUUUGAGAAUUUUUUAGUAUAUUUCUUUCACAUGUAGUAACAAGCUGUUUGUUCAUCUUUGUUCUUGGGUACAAAUAAGCCAAUCUGGGGGGUAGCACGUGUAUUUAUGCUUAUCUAAACAACACAGAAGAAAGGGUAUAUUUUUCUGCGUUGAGUGCCUGUCAUGUUUAUCUCGUUGGUAAAUUGAACUGAAUUUGUUUCGUAACUGGCUCAACUGUAUAUGUUAACAAUGUCUUUUACAUUACCUUUAUGAGUGCUAAUUGUUGAUUUCCUGUACAAGUAAUUGUGGGUUCAUGUCACAAGUUAUGUUACCUGUGACUGUCCUUGAGAUGCUGCCCUUUGCUCUGUUGUGUGAAAUGGUUAAGAAGGCAACAGUUCUAUGCCGCUGCAGCAACAUCUGAUUGACAAAAUAUUGCAGAGGUACACAAAUACUUGUACUGCAAAAAGCAAGAUUUUGAGGUUGAGGGAUAAAUAGCAUGAAUAAGGGAUAAAUAACAUGAAUAAGGACAGAGACUUAGAGACGAAAAGGAUGUGAUGAGCACUGACAAAGUUCUCAACUUGGCAUUGUUGUAAUUUUCAUGCUAAGGUAACAGAAAUGUGUACACAAAUGCAAAUUUAUUAAUGACAGAAAAUGUUUUCAACAAUCUCUAAACAAUUUGUUGGGCACAGCAUGGAUCGCAAGGUAGCCCGUGCAGCAAAGAAAACAAUUUAAUUGGCUGUGGAGAGUUCUUAAAGACUAAAUGAAUGAAAUUUUGGCCGUGCAAAAAGCCUGGUUUAAUAUACUGUAUAUGUAAAAGCCUCUGUGCAAUGUUUGAUAUUUCAAAUACGAGUAGAAACGUCAUGCAAGGCUCUCAGAAGUAGCCAUUUUUGAUACCGAAAUUGAAUAAAAUGCUGUCAUUACAUCAUCUAGACCACGUGGCUCCUCAGCAUGACCUGUGAGAUAAGGUGGUGACCGUGGUGCACUGAAAAAUCUCUGAGGCAUAGUUUUGGGACUUUGGUUAUUCCACGUGAAACGACCCAGUCCUCAAAAGUAACCAUCACCAAUUAUAUUGUAAAAAAUUGGGUUAGUUGGUGAUUGUGUGAAUGUUGUUUCACAGAUGCAUAUUUCUUGUUAAAAAAACUUGUGAGGGGGAUGUAAGCGCUCUUUGAAGUUUCUGCAAAGAAGCAAAAGUUGGUUGGAGGGAAAUUUAUUUUAGUCAAGUGUGAAACUAAGUGCAAUGACAGAUAUUAUUUUAGAAUAUUCUACUGGCAUAAUCGUUUCAUGUUGGGUGCACACAUUUAUAAAGUAUCCACCGUUUAAUUGGCUGUCUAACAAAGCCAGAAAAUUGUGCGCAUUUAGACAUUUGUUGCACAGAAAUUAAUAUUUCAGCCACACUAUUUCUUUAGUAUAUUUUCAAGAAAUUACUUCCACAUUAGGCAAAAUUAAUUUUUAACGAUGUUUAUACCUCUAUUAAGCAUUAAGGCCCUCCAGAUAAAGAAUAAGUGAGAUAACUCAUUAUAAGCAACCUUUAGGUCUGUGAUAUAGAAAUAUUAAUGGAGUAAAUUUUGUGUGAAGCGAGAAAAAAAUCUUUGAAGUCCACAACCAAUUUCACUGGUAGGCACUCCGGAACUGGAAGCAGAGUUUAUUUUAAAGCCUCCUUGGGUAGGAAUUAUGAUUUGUGCUAGCUAAGCAUCCCUUUGCACGAAAGUCUGUUUGGUGGUUGCGAUCCUAAAGGACUUAUCAGAUGUUAACUGUAAACACCUAUCAUGUCUGUGGACGAUACUGCUUCGCUGAACGAGGCUGUUCUUCUAGCUUUGAGAAGUAAGCAAGCCAGCAGGCGUUCAAAAAUCAUCGAAGUAGCACCUGCUUUGAGGUUAGAUGGCUCACACUCCAGCAACACAUUUCCAUUCAGUGUGCACACGCUCGCACAAAUGGCAUCUUCAGCAUAAAAAUAUUUUUUUCAUAUAGAAAUCUGGUUCCAGUUAAAAGCGAUGCUGAAAGUCUCGCCACAGAAUGGCUCACUUCCACUUUUUCGUGGGUCUGCGUAGGUAACGAAAGAAAACAGAUACUUUCUUGCAACUAGACUGACACACAGGCACACAACCUAUAUUAGACAUUGUCGUUGUCACAAUGCAUCACCAUUACCACAUGAGGAGAGAUGUACAGUGCUAAAAAAUUGGAAUGCAAACAGCAGCAAAUGACAACCAACAUCAUUAAUGUGUAAAUACUUGGAAGUGCAGUGUAUAAUCACUCUGUAGCCAGUUUUGAAGCAUGGAUUAGCUCCAUGUGUACAUUUGGAGUCUGAAUUAUGCUGCUGUUACAAAUGCCGUGAACUUGGAUGCAGGUGAACUUGAAAACAUACUAAAGUAGUUUCAAAAUUGUUCGUGUUUCAACUUUCUUAGCACUUUGCUGAAACGGAGUGGCAAAUAGCACUUAGUGCCGGUUAUGUUGAUUUGUCACCAAAUGGCAGUUCACCCUUGCACAGUAGUUGAUGUGUGUAGAACCCCUAUACAGUCGAAACCCGCAUUAACAAAAUCCUGCAACAAUGAAAUUAUCGGGACAGCGAAACAGUUUCGUAUCCCUAGUGAAUGCCCGUAGGAUUCAAUGUAUUUCGUACCUCUCCGCAACGAAAUGUCGCUGUACUGGAAUUCCGCAUCAACGAAAUUUGCCGGAACGUAACUCCGCAUAUUACCCACUCGCGUAAGGCUAGCCGGAUCCAAAAUGUGCUCAAAUACGAUUGUUUUGCACUAAAAUUUCGUAAUAUACCACCACAUUACACAUGUGUGGGCGCUGCCAUUUUUGUUCACAAAAACAACCAAACCAAGUGCUGGAAGCAGUCAGUGUGCUGGAAACACCACAUGACUACCAUCUUGUUUGUUGAUCGCCCGUUUGAAGCGGCACGCAUGUUGCUACCAACAUGUGACGACGGUUUUCGCACGCUGUUCGAUGCUUUCAGUUUGCAUUCCUUGCGGCUGACAAUUCAGCGAGGCCUAGGCCAAUCGCGUGAGGCGAAACUGAACGCAAACUGAAUGCGCGUUUCGAAGAACAAUCGCUGAUCGCGCAGUGCACUGCGUAAUGUGUGCCUCGAUGAGAAAACUGCAGCAAAAACAAGGAAACCACGUCCCACCGACAUGGAAUUCUUUAUAGCGCGUGAGAUGGCGGUCGCAGCAUAUGGAGUGUCACGCAUCGGGCCACGAUUGAGCGAUCAUCCGGGAAUACGCAUCCCUUGCUUCAAGAUCACUGGUUUUGGUGCCACCCGACACGCAUCGCGUGCGGAUUCGGCGCCAGCCGUAGAUUGCGCGAAAAGGCCGUUAUCUCGAUUGUUUGCCUUCGGGUACACAAAUACGAUCACUUUUGUGCUCGGCACCGGACACGUUGGCGCCUACGCGCAACAGUAUGCGCUGGAGAAAUGCUGCUGCAUGCACCGUUGCUCUGUGUCCGGUGCCGAGUUACGCAAAAUCUCGCAAAAGUGAUUGCAUCUCCGAAAGCAAUUGAUCAAGAAUACUGCGCUACGGCAGUGCUGCCACUUCUGAUCGACGCAUGCGGCGCACUUAGUAGUGUCAGAAAUGCGGUUCUAUAUCCUCGAGCAAAGCUUGCAGAGUAGGCUAACGGAAUUUUGACAGUAAAGUUUCGUUCUGCGAUGCAUUACCUAUCUGUGCUGUUUCUUUUCGCAACAACGAAAUUCUCAUGAAAGCAAAUCUUUUCGCGUUUCCCGCCGAUUUCGUUAUUGCAGAGUUUAACUGUAGUGUCUAUCCAGCAUGGACAUCUGCCAUAAGAACUUGCAUAUGGCAGGUUUUUAUUUAUCUGUGUGAGGAACCUCUUGAGGAACCCACAUGGGUUUCCUUUAUAGGGUUGUGCUACUUUUGUGGUUAUAGCCAGUUAGUGAAAAUAUGUUACUUUUCUAAACGUGGCAUAAUGGUAACCAUUACUACCUGUUGAACAGUGAGUUUUGCUUCCUGGUCUCUCUUUUGGGAGUACAUCACGGGUCACUUCAUGCUGCAUGGCUGUAUAAUGUUGUCAUAUAUCAUGUGAUAGACAUGAUACCUGAUGCAAGUGAGUGUGUUAGCAUGAAAGAACCAGCAAUGCUAGGUUUCUUAACUUUUGAUCUGUUGUUACAGGUUAGCACAAAUGCAGAAAUCAUCUACAAGUGAUUUUAAAGAUGGUCUUGCCAGCAAACCAGGUUCUUGAGCUUAGUAGAAAAUGCAGCAGAAGACGUGGGCUAGUCUUUUAUAAAGCAAUUUUUCACUCAUCUUAUGUGUGUGCAGAUGUGCAGCUUUGGUAGCAUGAGGUUUACUCCAUUGCACAAUAGCAACACACACAAAUAUGUUCAGUUGCUGCACAAGUGCUAGUCAAAGCACAGACCCUGAGGUGUGCACCCUUGCAAUUUUUUAAUAUGGCGCGAGCUCUGACUGCACGGUGUGCCAGCGGCCUUGUAGCAGCGAGGGGCACUCCUGAAGCAAACAGUGCUGCAGAAUACAUUCAAACUGUAAAUGUUUCAGGCACCCGAGUAUACUGUAGCUGGUCCCGCCGCUACAAGACAGCUGAAACGCUGUGUGGCCGAUGCUCACGUGAUAUUAAAAAAUGCAAAGGUGUAAAUUUAUGAGCAUCACUUCCAACUUGAUUUUGCCUGAAGCUGUGUGGGCCCAAAUUCACUCACAUUCAUUAACACCAGUUCCAGUUAUUAAAGACGUUUUAUUACCUGACAGGCAAAUUUUAACAAAUAGGCACCGUACUUGGCAUUGUAAAUGUGCUUGGAGCCACAAACUCGGGAACAGUGCACAGAUGCCAACACAUUCCCAAUGCUGCUGUUUGUGCCAUUACUACAGUGUUUGAAAGUUAAACCAGUGCAUCUGUACACUGGUUUACAUAUGCUACACCAUACACACUUGGUGCCGCUACAUACUGAUGUCAGCCAGUGCUAAUUGCAUUUUUCUCUUCUGCACAAAAACUAAAGUCGCCUUUGCUUUUCUGAAAAGGCGUUUUGUUGUAUGGCUUAUUAGAGAAACAGAAAUGUCAUGAACCUGAGUUCUGAUAUGUUGUCAUGUUUACUGCACCGAUCAGUUCAUGUGUCUCAUCUGAUCGUGACUCUUCAAGCACAAUCAACAUGUAUUUGCACUGUGCCAAAUAGAGUGACAUUCUUCUAUGAUAUAUGUCUAUUUUUCAUAUGCCUUUAUGUUUCAAAGAAUGUGUACAUCUGAAUGUGCACUACAUGUAUGCUAGAUGUAUAAAACCAGUGUGUAUCUUAUUGAUGUUGGUGUGCAUAAGACAUUAAAUCGAACAAUUUCAGCUCCA